GGUCAACUCAAACGCUCAUACUUUCUUCUUUGCAUUUCACUCUACCACUCUGCAUCUAACAUAUUCCAAUCAUAUAUACCCAACUAUGAAGUUCUCCCUCUCGCUGCUUCUGCUCCCUCUUGCUCUGGUUUUUGCUGCUGUCAUCGCAUCUGAUCCCGAUCCUCUCCAAGACCUCUGUGUCGCUGAUCUUACCUCCGCUGUUAAAGUAAACGGGUUCGUGUGCAAGGAUGCUUCAAAGGUGAAUGCAUCAGACUUCUUCUCCAACAUGCUAGCCAAACCAGGAGCCACCAACAACACCUUCGGCGCAUUGGUCACCGCAGCCAACGUCCAGAAAAUCCCUGGACUCAACACCCUCGGCGUCUCACUCUCACGCGUCGACUUCGCGCCUGGUGGCCUCAACCCGCCCCACACUCACCCACGCGCCACCGAGAUGAUUUUUGUGCUCAAAGGCAAGCUUCUGGUCGGCUUCAUAACCACGUCCAAUCAGUUCAUAUCCAAGAAGAUUCACAAGGGCGAGAUCUUUGUGUUCCCGAAAGGUUUGGUUCAUUUCCAAAAGAACGACGGGCAUGAAGCUGCCUCUGUAAUUGCAGCAUACAAUAGUCAGUUUGCUGGGACGCAGUCUAUCCCCACCACCUUGUUCGCCGCCACACCGGCAGUGCCAGACAAUGUUUUGACGAAGGCAUUCCAGGUAGGUACCAAGGAGGUUGAGAAAAUAAAGUCUAGACUCGCACCCAAGAAGCAGUAGGUUUUGGGGUUGUUCCGCUCUCUUCAGUUUCUGUCCACGCAUGUCACCCGCCGCCACUAUUUUACUACUAUUCGCUGUAAUUUGGAAUUCAGGAAGAAUAAAGUGAUAGAAAUGUGAAACAUACUUGUAAGCUCGUUUUUUCAAAUGUACUCUCAAUGAUUCUGCUGAUCUUUCCAUAUCA